AUGGAGGGGUCAGAAACACCACCAGGGUUCCAUGGAAUCCAAUUUGACGCCGAAAGCGCCGUGACGGUGACAGGCGAUGAAACUCCCCGCAAUGAUAGCCCUAAUGUCAAGGCUAAUGACUGGAGUAUGCUGUCCAAGCUCCAGGAGGAAAACGACCGCAACCUGGCAGCCGGAUUCAAAAAACAGGAACUCGGAAUCACUUGGCAAGAUCUUUCUGUGCAAGUGGUCAGCUCAGAGGCCGCUGUUAACGAGACCGUUCUCUCCCAAUUCAACAUCCCCGUCAAGGUCAAAGAAAGUCGACGGAAGCCUCCUAUGCGCACGAUUCUAAACAAAAGCCAUGGCUGCGUGAAGCCGGGUGAAAUGUUGCUCGUUCUAGGCCGUCCUGGAGCUGGCUGUACCACUUUGUUGAAAAUGCUUGCCAAUCGACGAGGCGGAUACAAAUCUGUGGAGGGCGAUGUUAGAUUUGGCUCCAUGAAGCCCAAAGAAGCCGAAAAAUUCAGGGGCCAAAUAGUGAUGAACACCGAAGAAGAGAUAUUUUUCCCGACCUUGACAGUUGGUCAAACAAUGGACUUUGCUACUCGGCUCAAGGUCCCCUUCCACCUACCGGACGGCAUGACUGCCUCUGAGUAUCAACAAGCAUCCAAGAAGUUCCUUCUCGAAUCUGUGGGAAUCUCCCACACUGAAGACACUAAGGUCGGCAACGAGUACGUUCGUGGAGUCAGCGGUGGCGAACGUAAACGUGUCUCUAUUAUCGAAUGCAUGGCCACCCGCGGAUCCGUGUUCUGCUGGGAUCAGUCGACCCGUGGUCUUGAUGCCUCGACUGCCCUCGAAUGGACAAAGGCUAUCCGAGCCAUGACUGACACUCUGAAUCUCUCUACUGUUGUGACUCUGUACCAAGCUGGUAACGGUAUCUUCGAUUUGUUCGACAAAGUACUCGUCCUCGACGAAGGAGAGCAAAUUUUCUAUGGCCCCAGAGAGCAGGCCAGGCCAUUCAUGGAGGAGGCGGGUUUCAAGUGCAUGGAGGGCUCUAACAUUGCCGAUUUCCUAACCGGUGUCACCGUUCCUACCGAACGCAGGAUCCGGGACGGCUUCGAGAACCGUUUCCCUCGCAACGCUGAGGCUCUCAGAACCCAAUAUGAAAAAUCACCAAUUCAUGCCCAGAUGUCAGCAGAAUACUCUUAUCCUGAUUCUGAUCUCGCCCGCGAGCGCACCGAGGAGUUCAAACAGGGUGUGAACUUUGAAACAUCCAAAAAGCUGCCCAAGGACAGCCCCUUCACUGUCGGGUUUGUUGAUCAGGUCAAGAUCUGUGUGCAGCGUCAGUACCAGAUUCUAUGGGGUGAUAAAGCCACAUUUAUCAUCAAGCAGGUGGCCACACUAGCGCAGGCUUUGAUUGCCGGUUCCCUGUUCUACAGUGCCCCCGAUAACUCCGGCGGUCUCUUCAUCAAAUCUGGUGCCCUUUUCUUCUCUCUUCUUUACAACAGCUUGCUGGCCAUGAGUGAAGUGACCGAAUCGUUCUCUGGACGACCCGUUCUCGUCAAGCAGAAGGGCUUUGCAUACUUCCAUCCAGCUGCCUUCUGUCUCGCCCAAAUUGCGGCGGACAUACCUGUUUUGCUCUUCCAGAUCUCAAUGUUUGGUAUUGUGGUCUACUUCAUGGUCGGACUCACCAUGUCGGCAGCAGCAUUCUUCUCUUACUGGAUUAUCGUCUUCACCACCACAAUGGCAAUGACUGCUCUUUUCCGUGCCAUUGGCGCUGUGUUCUCUACUUUUGAUGGUGCUUCGAAGGUUUCAGGUUUACUAAUCAUGUGCACUGUUCUUUACACUGGUUACAUGAUCCCUAAGCCUUCAAUGCACCCAUGGCUGGGCUGGAUCUUCUGGAUUGAUCCACUUGCCUACGGUUUCGAGGCCCUGCUGAGUAUUGAAUUCCACGGAAAGAGUGUGAUUCCAUGUGUCGGCACCAAUCUGAUUCCAACCGGUCCUGGAUACGAAAAUUCUCAGGCAUACCAGUCUUGUGCUGGCGUGAGGGGUGCUAUUCAGGGCCAAAACUUCGUCACUGGUGACAACUACUUGGCAUCUCUCUCAUACAGUCACUCUCACGUGUGGCGCAACCUCGGUAUUAACUGGGCCUGGUGGGCUCUGUUUGUCUUCCUUACUAUUGUCGCUACUUCUAGGUGGAAGUCUCCCUCUGAGGCUGGCAGUACAUUGGUCAUCCCCCGUGAAUACUUGCACAAGCAUGUCCAAAACAAUCAAAAGGACGAAGAGGGCCAGGUCUCCGAGAAGAAGGUCUCCGAGGGCAAGAAUGAGCCCGAUAACCUUGACAACAAAUUGGUCCGCAAUACCUCCGUUUUCACCUGGAAGAAUCUUUCAUACACAGUUUCGACACCCACCGGCGACAGACUACUCCUUGAUAAUGUGCAUGGAUGGGUAAAGCCUGGUAUGUUGGGCGCCUUGAUGGGAUCUUCUGGUGCCGGUAAGACUACUCUUCUCGAUGUUCUCGCCCAGCGCAAAACCGAAGGAACCAUCAACGGCUCCAUCAUGGUCGACGGCCGCCCCUUGCCCGUCUCAUUCCAGCGAUCAGCCGGCUAUGUCGAACAGCUCGAUAUCCACGAACGCAUGGCGACGGUCCGGGAGUCACUGGAGUUCUCUGCCCUACUGCGUCAACCUGCCACCACUCCUCGUGAAGAGAAGCUUGCCUACGUCGAUGUUAUCAUUGACUUGCUAGAACUCCACGAUCUUGCUGAUACCAUGAUUGGCAGUGUUGGAGCCGGUUUGAGUGUCGAGCAACGCAAGCGCGUCACCAUCGGAGUUGAGCUUGUCUCCAAGCCCAGCAUUCUUAUCUUCCUCGACGAGCCUACCAGUGGUCUCGAUGGCCAGAGUGCGUACAACACCGUCCGAUUCCUGCGCAGACUUGCAGAUGCAGGCCAGGCCGUUCUUGUCACUGUGCAUCAGCCGUCCGCCCAACUCUUUGCUGAAUUCGACCAGCUGCUUCUCCUAGCGAAGGGCGGUAAAACUGUGUACUUUGGUCCCAUUGGAGAGAACUCCCAGGACAUCAAGAGUUAUUUCUCGCGCUACGGCGCGCCCUGCCCUGCUGAUACCAACCCAGCUGAGCAUAUGAUUGACGUUGUUUCCGGCCAACUGAGCCAGGGUAGAGAUUGGAGCAAGGUCUGGCUGGAAUCACCAGAGCACGGCUCCAUGCUCAAGGAGCUCGACACAAUCAUUGAAACCGCUGCAUCCAAGCCGCAAGCAACCCUCGACGAUGGCCGCGAGUUUGCUACUACCCUCUGGGAGCAAAUAGUGCUUGUCACGAAGCGUACCUCGAUGGCUUUGUACCGGAACUGCGACUAUAUUAACAACAAGUUUGCCCUCCAUGUCUCGUCUGGCUUGUUCGUCGGUUUCAGUUUCUGGAUGAUCGGAGACUCUGUUGGCGAUCUUCAGAGUGUGCUGUUCUUCAUUUUCAAUGCUAUCUUCGUGGCCCCCGGUGUGAUCAAUCAGCUGCAGCCGACUUUCCUUGAGCGUAGAGACUUGUUUGAAGCGCGCGAGAAGAAGGCCAAGAUGUACUCUUGGAAGGCGUUCACAAUCGCCUUGAUCGUUUCUGAGUUCCCUUAUCUUGUUGUCUGCGCCGCUCUUUUCUUCAAUUGCUGGUACUGGACCGCUGGCAUGACUGUCGAGGCGAGCAAGAGCGGCAGCAUGUUCUUUGUCUUCUUCCUCUAUGAGUUCCUCUAUACUGGAAUCGGUCAAUUCGUCGCUGCAUAUGCGCCAAACGCCCAACUAGCCGCCAUGAUCAACCCCUUGAUCUUGGGUACAAUGAUCUCAUUCUGUGGUGUUCUGGUUCCUUACGCCCAAAUUGUCAGCUUCUGGCGCUACUGGAUCUACUGGCUAAACCCUUUCAACUACCUGAUGGGCAGCAUGUUAGUCUUUGGCCUUUUCGACCGAGAAGUCAAGUGCAAGGAGCAAGAAUUUGCCAUGUUCAACCCUCCCAACGGAUCAACUUGUAUCGAGUAUCUCAGCGAUUACAUGCAGACCAUCGGCGCCCGCAUGAACCUUGUUAACCCUGAGGCUACCUCUGAAUGCCGUGUGUGUGAAUACACCCGCGGAUCUGAUUACCUGGUCACGGUCAACUUGAAUGACUAUUACUAUGGUUGGAGAGACACUGCCAUCGUGGCUCUUUUCGUGAUCAGCUCGUAUGGGCUGGUAUUUGGUCUUAUGAAAUUGAGGACCAAGGCAUCCAAGAAGGCCGAGUGA